AUGGAAAGAUGUAAUUGGCGAAUGUCGGACAGCGUCACCGCCUUAGCCUCUCUCAGCGGGUACAGGGUCAUAUUGGUCAGCUCUGAUGGACUGCUGUAUUCGCGGGAGACGAAUGAAUCAGAUGGCUUUAAGCUGCCGAUUUCUGAUAUAAAAGUUUUCGUUGCCAAUCCGAAUAAGCCGAAGCCGAUCGCUGACAUACUGAUCCGCAACCGAGAAAAGCUGGUCGAGUUUUUGAGCAAGUUCCAUUCGGAUAGGACUGAAGAUGAACAGUUUAAUGACGAAAAGGCGUAUCUGAUCAAACAAAUUCAGGAAAUGAAAUGA